UGGAGUCCCCUAUCCAGCCUCAAUAGAGCAAGUAGAGCCGCUCUUGUGCAACCAACACCACCACCUCCUCCACUGAUUCACAGACUUCAAAUUCCCCCACAAGCAGCCCAUCAGCUUCCACAGUGAUCAGAUUAAUAACAUUAAUAACAGUGAUCACACAGGAGGAGAUAACCAGCGCUGCUCGUCCUCCGCGGGAUACUUGGAUAGCUACAGCAACAGGAUCCAUCCCUGCUCCUCUCCUUUUUUCACGCCUGAUCCACACCUGUGUUUUCCACUUUGAGAACACCCGCUGUUUUUUUUGUUGUUUUUUUGUGUGUGUAACUACUUGGAUACCUGCGCGUUGUCCUUUUAUAAAUGUCGGACUGAAUAUAACUGCUAUGACAGGGAAACUAGCGGAGAAGCUCCCUCUUACCAUGAGCAGUUUAAUAAACACGAUCCCUGACAGUCUCUACCCAGAAGAGGACAUCCCGACGUCUAUGAAUAUUUUCACCAAUACGGAAUCUAUUAACCACUAUUCCCAGAUGAACACAGAUAAUAUCAUGGAUCUGGGCAUGGGAAGCGAGAAAGCAACUGCAGAGAUUCAGUAUGGCUCCAGCUUCCAGUCCAACCGCAGCGGGCAGACUGUCACUUAUCUGGGGAAGUUUGCCUUUGACACUCCUCCGUCAGGUGGCAUUGGUGGCUCUGGCUGGUGCUCUGAUAACAAUAUCAUCAGUCUUGUCAGUGCAGGGAUCCUUGGCGUUUCACCAUCGCCCGGCACGGUAACGACACAGACAUCAUCCUCCGCAGCCAGCAUGGGCGGACAGACGUCAGAUUUGGAGCAGGUAUAUGGUCCGCCACUGCCUGCGUAUUCCACCUGCAGCGACCUGUACCAGGACCAGGUUUCCUUCCACCACAGCCCUGCCACCAGCACGGCUCUAGCCUACCCUGGCAAUGACUAUCACUCCACAUCCAAAGCCUCCAUGGAUGGCAGCCUUUUCUCCAUGAUCCCUGACUACAACCUUUUCCAUCAUCAGGGAGAGGUUGGUGUGAUGGAGCACAAGCCCUUCCAGACCAUGGACCCCAUCCGGGUCAACCCUCCACCCAUCACACCCCUGGAGACCAUCAGAGCAUUCAAAGAUAAGCAGCAGAUUCACCCAGGUUUCAUCGGCGGGCAGCAGCACCCUCCUCAGCACCACCCACCGCCACAGACUCUCACCCUCAAACCCAUCCGACCAAGGAAGUACCCCAACCGUCCCAGCAAAACCCCCGUCCACGAACGGCCGCAUGCCUGUCCGGCAGAGAACUGUGACAGACGCUUCUCACGCUCAGACGAGCUCACACGUCACCUUCGCAUCCACACAGGUCACAAACCUUUCCAGUGCCGAAUAUGCAUGCGCUCCUUCAGCCGGAGUGACCACCUGACCACACACAUCCGCACACACACGGGCGAGAAACCCUUCUCCUGUGAGUUCUGUGGACGCAAGUUUGCCAGAAGUGACGAGCGAAAGAGACACGCAAAGGUUCACCUGAAACAGAAGGACAAGAAGCCAGCUGACAAGAGCAGUGGGGCAGCUGGGAGCCACAGCUCGCCACCCAGCUCCUGUGGGGGGCCAACGGUGGGGACGUCAUGACCGUCACUACGUGCACAUGGACUGGACCCUCACCAUGCCCCAUAAAGAGACUUAGGAAGAAGGGAUCACGUCCACUAUGAGAUAAAUAGGUGACUCUUUUCCUCUCUUUUACACCCCACUGCUCUUUUCAGUUCCUUCUAUUUUGAGAUGGAUGCCUUUAGUUUAAGUAAGAGGGGAAAGGCUGCUACGCCCUUCUCUUUUAAGUAACUCAGAGCCUCAGCUACUGUAACACAGUGCCAACACAAAGAAGGGCACCUUGGCACAUUCUGUCUAAAAGGCCACUGUGUAUCUAUAGGUUUUAGUGUGGAUACAUUUUUGUAAAUUUUGCUGAGAAUUUCUAAUUUGGAAGGAAGCCAGAAUCCAUCAUAAGGGUAAAAACAGACAAAAUUACAAUGGAGCUUAGUUAAAGGGUGGGUUGUCUGGGAGGUAUGCAUUAAUUUUAUUAGGCUGUUUAAAAGUGCAAUUGGUUAUAUUUGUGUACUGUCAUGGAUACCUUAUUAGUGGCACUUGACUGUCUUUUUGUUGUUUUAUUUUGUUGAGGUGUCGUGUUUUUAUUUUCUAUUUGAAUGUUGUUUUCUCAAAAGAAUGUGCCAAAUGUAUUGUGGUGAUACAGCCAACCUUGUUCUGAUUAUUGUGCCUGACAUUUGCCAAACAUAAAAGUGAUAUCAGUUCAGCACACAUGUUGAGUGACAGGACAGAUCACAUUCAAACAACGUAUCUCUGAGUUAGAUUUAUCUGCACAAUCUAGAUUAAAUCUAGAUAAUGACUGAACUGGGUUACACAAACCAAACCGAUGUCCUGUCUUGUAACCUGUACUUAUAAAACAAACAUGCCUGCAGCAAUCAAUGCCUUGCCAAUACUUAUUUAUUUGUAGUCACUGAGAGACACUGUGUAUUUUUGUUGCCUUUUUAUAUGGUGGCUUUAUGUGGUGUUACCAGAUAUAAUUUCUGUUGCUUUUUUCGAAAAGCUCACCAAUACUGUUCAUUUUUUUCAGUUUUCUUGAGUUCUGCAAUUAUAUGCAAUAUAUUCAUGACAUAUGCCACCAACCCGUAAAUCAAAUUAACUAUGAGCACAGUUAGACAGACUGAACUACUUAAAUAAAUGACACUGGGUUGCAAACCAGCAGUAUAUGAAAGCAAAGAUGAAUAAGGAUUCACAGUGUAAAAAGUCUAAACUACUUGGUUUAUAUCACCAAAAGAUGAGCAGCAAAUGGUAAAAAGAAAAAUUAAAAUGUCCAAAUCCAUGUUUACAUCUUUUCUAAUACAGCGAGACUGAGACUGAGUUGUAAACUAAGGAGUUGUUGUUUUUGUACAGUAUACAAAAAUGUAUGCAGGUAGCUACAGUAGAAGUUUCACUUUUGUACUCAAAUGUCAAAUGCACCAUAACUCAGUAUUAAAUUGUGCAUAUAUGUGCAUGCCUUCAUGCACACUAUGUAAAUACAAAUGUCUGCAUAAACAAGAACUUUCAAUUGACUGAAUGCUUGUGCGGAAUGUGUCUUAAAGCUUUUAGUAAUGUAGUUAUAAUACAGAAUAUUUUGUUGUCAUAGGUCAUUGCAAAAUUUUUUGGAGCACUACAAUAGUGCCAAAUAUGGUGUAUUAUCUUCCAUAAAAGAAAAAAAGAAUAAUAGCAUUUGCACCAUCUGUACGCUUUAAAGUGAUAACUGGUUUAAGGAAGCACUAAUGUGUUCUCUGAAUAAACGACAAGAUUUUUUACAUUUUGUGUAUCUCCA